AUGCUUCAGUUAACUGGGGGGAAUGCGGACAACCUUGAAAUCUCAGCAACAAGUGUCAGAAGACCUGGACAGUGGAAGGAGAUUUCUUUUGGAGAUGACAUUUGUCACACGUUCCAGGGAGAUUGCUGGACCGAUCGAUCCCCACUUCAUGAAGCUGCAGCCCAGGGAUGCUUACUGGCCCUUAAAACUUGAAUCGAGCAAGGUGUCAGUGUGAACCUCGUGACAAUCAACCGGGUCUCCUCUCUCCAUGAGGCUUGCCUUGGAGGACACGUCGCCUGUGCAGAAGCCUUGCUGGAAAACGGCGCGCAUGUCAAUGGGGUGAUGGUUCACGGGGCCACGCCCCUCUACAACGCCUGCUGCAGAGGCAGUACCGCCUGUGUCAAUGUGUUGGAGUUCGGGGCUAGGGCCCAGGUUGAGGCGCACCUGGCUUCCCCCAUCCACGAGGCAGCAAAGAGAGGUUAUAGAGAAUGCAUGGAGAUUCUGCUGGCAAAUAACAUCAACAUUGACCAAGAAGUGCCUCAGCUUGGAACUCCUCUGUAUGUGGCCUGUACCUACCAGAGAGUAGACUGUGUGAAGAAACUUCUAGAAUUAGGAGCUAAUGUUGACCAUGGCCUCUGGCUGGACACCCCCCUUCAUGCUGCGGCCAGACAGUCCAAUGUGGAAAUCGUCCACCCGCUCAGGGACUACGGGGCUAACCUCAAGUGCAAAAAUGCUCAGGGCAAACGUGCACUUGAACUGGCGGCUCCAGAAAGCAGUGUGGAGCAGGCACUCCUGCUCCGGGAAGGUAAGGAAGACUCAGGACCCGUUUCUCUCCCAUAAGCCCAUCUGCUAGUUCUCUUUCCUGUCUCUUACCCAGACGUCCCUACCUUUGUUAUAUUAUAUUAUUAUUUUUUUUUUUAACUGGGGAAUGCCACUGUGGAGGCAGCAAGACCUAGCCUCACUGAGACGGGAUUUUGUACACUUUUUUUAGGAAAAGAUUUAUUUAUUUAUUUAUUUAUUUAUUUAUGUAUGUAUGGCAGAGAGAGGGAGCAAUAGCCGAGGCAUCAC